AUGGAAGCCGAUGAGCUCGUGAUGCAUUGGAGAGUUCCGAGGUCUACUCUACCCAUCAUGUCCUCCAAGCGUGGCCGUAAGCGCAACGACAACCUUCCGCCAAACCGUGCCCGCGAUGUCCAGCGAGCGUUUAGGGCUCGUAGAGCUGCCCAUCUCCUUGCUCUUGAACAGCGUGUCUCCGAACUGGAGGAGGAGAACAGCUGUUUACGACAAGCCCUCAAUCUUCCCCAAGCUAAUAGGCCACCACUUGGGAAAGGUCCAACUGGCAAAGACAAGCCGAAAACUAAUGACGGGUCUCAACCAAAUGCUGCUCAUCAACUUUUGCUGGGCUCGAGUGGCGAUUCAUCUGCCGACUCACCAACAUCGGACGAAGAAGACUCGGUUUCGUCCUCAACAGUUCCGUCACGCGCGACCAUUGAGGAGAUUCAGAAUGGCACCGGGGUUUGGGGGCAAACAAUCGUGAUGCAAGAGGAAGUGCCGUCUUACCAACCGGUUUCCGCUCCGCCCUCAAUGUCGACCAAAGCCAUGGCGUAUUCUCCAACUUACUCGCGGUCAAGCUCCCUCACCUCCAUGUACAUGUAUUCCGCCAGCGAUAGGCCAAGUUAUCCUUCGCCAUUCGAGCAACAACAACAACAACAGCCAGCUCAUCGUUCUUACCAAUAUACGACGAGUCAACCAGCAUAUGAGCAACCGCGGGAGGUUUCGUCAGUGACUGUUGGGUACCCUCCCGCCAGACGAUCGACAUCGGACUACUCGUCGCUGAGUGGCGGUUAUCAUCCUAGUAUUCGUCUGCCAUCGCCGCCAUUGCAAGACCAACACCCACCUGUUCUUCAUAGCCACCACUCACAACAUGACCCUCACGCCCACCACAGGUCGGCUUACCCUUCGGACGGACAUAUAAUCACUUGA